CACUUGCAACAAAGUGAAUGAAAAAAUAAUCUACAUGACGCUCCAAAGUGCAAUGCCAACCACUUCGAUGAUUUUGUAAUAGCCUUAAAAAAAAUCGAAAUAAACAAAUCGGUGCCUACUAGCUUGUUUUCAUCGUAGCAUUUACUUGUUCGAAUGCAGUCUUCCUUGUAAAACAUGUAUAAGCGAACAUGGUUUCUGGUCAGUGCUGUUGCUUUAUCGUUUCGAGUUGUGACAAGCUUGUUAGAGGAGUUACCACCUGGAUUCCCAAGUUGUCGCAGAUGUGACCCUCAAAUCGAAAAAUGCUUGAUAGCAGCCACUGAGACUGUGAGACCCUACAUGAUUUCCGGAGUGCCGGGCUUCAUUCCAAGUGUAAUAAAUUUUAGCAUACCCGCAGUGACCUUGCAAGACGGAAAUGACGUUUUGAACUAUAGAGCUCGGUUGAGUAACGUUACUUUGUAUGGAUUGGAGGACUACAAAUUUAAAAGAUUCAACUUUGAUCACAAAAAUUUGACAUUCUUCAUCGACGUUGACAUACCCCACAUUUACAUAGAAGGAAACUACCUUGUUGAAGGGAAAAUAUUUUUCGCACCUAUUAGAGGAAGUGGCAGUUUCCACGUCAAGUUGAGUAACUCGUCAUGUCUCAUGUUGCAAAAUGUGAUUGUGAUUAAGAAGAACGGAAUGGAUUUCUUGAAGCCAAUCAAGACAGUUCCCAAGUUCAAAGUUGGGAAUAUUAUAGACUACGGUUUUGACGGAUUAUUUGGAAAUAGUGAUGAAAUAAAUAAGAUUGCCAAGCAUGUUAUUGAUGAUAAUCUAAGCAUCAUUGUCGAAGAGCUGCUACCCACCAUUGAGAAGGUGCUUUUAGAAUUCUUCGAAAACUUUAUAUUUAAAUCUGUUACUCGAAUACCGUACGACAAAUUGUACCCAAAAUAGAAUACAGCGUAUUAAUUGCAACUUGUUUUUCUCUCUGAGAUCAUAUCCUAAA